GAAAGGAGGCAGCAGGGCGAGGGCGCCUCCUCCCUCAGUAGGCGCUUCCCAUUCUGAGGGGGAGGAAGAACCGAGGCGAGCUCGGGGCGUGUCCAAACUGCCGCCCCGCCCCGCUCCGCCCCGCGCUGGUCUUCGUCUCUCCGCUUCGCCUUCCGUUUGGAUUCCUGGAAAGGUUACCCGACCUGCGGUUGGGGCUCGGACCAAAGUCGAGUCCUCGAAAGGGAGCCUGGAGAGCGGCGGUGCUGGGAGGCCCGGCCAGCUGGAUCGCAGGCUUCUGCCUGACGGCCGGUUGCCGGAUGCGCACCCCAACAGCGGCUGCGCCUACGGGGCCCUGAGCCUUGCAAAAUCUCACUCAGAAGAGCCUGCUGCUGAAACGUGGGAGUUGAAAAAGGCACAGCACCUGCCUAGCAAUGACCGGCUCCUUUCGUCACAAGGAAGAUGACAUUUUUAGAAAACAUGUCAUGGGUUUUCACGAGAUCGCCAUGUUUAUUUCCUGAUGCUUGUUUGCUACUGAUGGGUGUGAGCAAGUUAGAUAUUCUAUACCGGAGACUUCUCCUAACAAAACUUUUUAUCAGAGGAUGGGGAAGGCCAGAAGAUCUCAAAAGACUCUUUGAAUUCAGAAAGAUGAUUGGAAAUCGAGAAAGAUGCCAGAAUCUGGUUUCAAGCGAUUAUCCAGUACACAUUGAUAAGAUUGAAGAGCAAUCAGAUUGUAAGAUCUUAGAUGGACACUUUGUUUCCCCUAUGGCUCACUAUGUGCCUGAUAUCAUGCCAAUUGAAUCUGUUAUUGCAAGGUUCCAAUUUAUUGUGCCUAAAGAAUGGAACAGCAAAUAUAGGCCUGUAUGCAUUCAUCUUGCUGGAACAGGAGAUCAUCAUUACUGGAGGCGACGAACACUAAUGGCCCGUCCUAUGAUUAAAGAAGCCCGAAUGGCUUCUUUAUUGUUAGAAAACCCUUAUUAUGGCUGCAGGAAACCCAAGGACCAAGUGAGGUCCAGCUUAAAAAAUGUGUCUGACCUUUUUGUGAUGGGAGGAGCUCUUGUUUUAGAAUCUGCAGCUCUCUUGCACUGGCUAGAGAGGGAAGGUUACGGCCCUUUAGGAAUGACUGGAAUAUCCAUGGGAGGACACAUGGCUUCCUUAGCGGUAUCCAACUGGCCUAAGCCCAUGCCAUUGAUUCCAUGCCUGUCUUGGUCCACAGCAUCUGGGGUCUUCACUACGGGUGUGUUGAGUAAAUCAAUUAAUUGGCGGGAGCUGGAAAAGCAAUAUUAUACCCAGACAGUUUAUGAAGAAGAAAUUAUUCACAUGCUUGAAUACUGUGGAACAGAUUCUUUCAAAAUGGGACAAGAGUUUGUGAAAUGCUUCACUAGCAGUGCAGACAAGCUAACUAACCUUAAUCUGGUUUCCAGAACUUUAAAUUUAGAUAUAACAAACCAAGUUGUAUCCCAAAAACCUGCUGACUGCCAUAAUUCUAGUAAAACAUCUGUCAGUGCAACAUCAGAAGGACUCUUAUUGCAAGAUACCUCUAAGAUGAAGUGCUUCAGUCAAACACUUUCAACCAACAAAAGUAGUUAUACAAGUUGCAACCCUCAGUCAUACCACCUACUUAGUAAAGAACAAAGAAGAAACAAUCUUCGGAAAGAAUCUUUAAUAUUUAUGAAAGGUGUCAUGGAUGAAUGUACUCAUGUAGCAAAUUUCUCAGUACCAGUUGAUCCAAGCCUCAUUAUAGUGGUUCAAGCCAAAGAAGAUGCCUAUAUUCCACGAACAGGAGUUCGAAGUUUACAAGAAAUUUGGCCUGGUUGUGAGAUCCGAUACUUAGAAGGGGGUCAUAUUAGUGCUUAUCUUUUUAAACAAGGACUCUUCAGACAAGCCAUCUAUGAUGCAUUUGAACGCUUCCUCCAUAAAUACGCUAACUAAUUGGAUUAUUAUAUGUAACCAGUGUGGCCAAGAUGUUUCUUACAAAAGGAAGCUUCAUCCUAUGAUCAUGUGAAGGACAAGCAGACAGCACUAAUAUAUCUAAUCGCUAUCAAUGUAGUCUGGAAUUCAUUGUUACAGAUCUGUUAACUAUAAACUUCGAAUACAUUUGAAUAAUUUCAAGAUAAUAUUUGAAGUAAAUAAUGUUAAAGUAUUUUUAUUAUUGUUCAUUGGAAUCCCAUAUACUCAAUGUUUAGUCUGUUGUUACUAUCUAUGAAAACUAAAUUUUUAAUCAUGAAUAAUUUAUUAAAUUAAAUAAAUUUAUUCAUAGAAACUCUUCUGGGUUUUAGUAAAAUUGCUAAAUCAAACCAAGAUUUUAAUAUAUCAGCAUUUACUUUGUACCCUUAUAACAUUUCACUAUUGACUUUAUUUGAAAAACAUGUUUAUUUUUUGAAUGUAUGGUGAAUUCAUAAUCUUGUGUUCAACUAAUUUUCUGCUGUGGAAAUAAAUACUUACGAUGUAUAAAA